UAAUCAGCUAGUUGUGAUUAGGAACUAGUGAUUAGGACACAAGUAAGUGGGGGGUCUGGCCUUGUCUGCUGGUAAAGAACAUACAUUUGUCUCAUGCGGAUGUUUAUUAAGACAAACAAUGAGUCACAAUUUGAGGAAAAGGGAACCAGGCUAAAAUAAGCUUUCGAGGCUGCUUUUAGCUGUUUUCAACUCUUAAGGGCAAGAUACACAUUAGAUGCAGGAAUUAUCUUCUGUUUGUCUGUUUCCCAAAGGAAUCAAUCUACAAAUGCUUCACUGUUAGAGAGCUGCGCGGAGGCGAGACAGGAGAGUCUACACAGUCCAAUUAUGGGACUGCUCUUUUAUGUCGCCUUGCCUCAGCUGAUCAGCAGGGGUGGAUGCUCUAUGCUCCGCCGCUCCUGCCAUUGUUUACUCUCUAUAGAGUCCAGUCAUGUUAUGCAUCACUUCCAAAUUCUGCAUUCUUGUAUUUUACUCACUCUCGUGUUCAGAUCCCAGAGUGUGCACAGAAAACACAUUGUUGCCAUGCCAAGUGGGCGUCUCCCUGAGUGUGACGUAAAGUCUAUAUUCAUCCUAAUUCUACAAAGAUCUCAUUCAACAGCGUUUUGACAUUUGCACUGGCCUCAGUGUGCUCUCUGGGUCGUACGCCUUCACUUACAGGAUCCUGACUAAUGCAUGAGAUCUGUGCAGCCCCGUGAAAUGUAAGAUUUAUCAGCUCAUGUGUUGGAAAGUGAUGCUGCAAUGGCUAUUCUGUUUAGUGUAAAUACGCCUGACAUGGCAGCUGACCUGAUCACUUUCAUUAUGGCAUCACAAGUUUACUUCACUUACUUGCUGAAGCAUUUUAAAUGUUAUUGUUGCAAGGUCGUGUGUAGGCUCCUGCAUGCAGUGUGGCAGCUGAGCUUUCUGAUCAGAAAUGCAUCCAUUUCUGCUGAGAAGAGAGGAGAUUCAAUCAGCAGCGUUUGAAAUAUUUAAUGGCGUGUAUGUUCUGGAAAGGAGAUAGGUGUGUGUGUGUGUGUGUGUGUGUGUGUACUCAGGGCCUGAUGUGUUUCCAUGGCAACGUAUAUGGAAGUUGGCGUCACAGGCAGAAGUGUGUGUGUGACAGAGAGAGAGAUGGGAUAUACUACUGAGGAAGUAAAUCCCAGGACGGCAGCCAUUCCGAGGUGGAGGAGCUCCCCGUUCCUAAGAACAUCAAGAUCAGCAACAUCACCUGCGACUCCUUCAAGAUCUGCUGGGACAUGGAGCCGCAUAGCAAGGAGCGCAUCACACACUAUUUCAUUGACCUGAACAAGAAGGAGAACAAAAACUCAAACAAGUUCAAACACAAGGAUGUUCCUACCAAGUUGGUGGCCAAAGCAGUGCCCCUACCCAUGACAGUUCGGGGCCACUGGUUCCUGAGCCCACGCACAGAGUACACUGUGGCCGUCCAGACCGCAUCCAAACAGACCGACGGGGACUACGCCAUUUCUGAGUGGAGCGAGAUCAUCGAGUUCUGCACUGCCGAUUAUUCCACAGUGCAUCUAAACCAGCUGCUGGAGAAGGCAGAGGUCAUCGCCGGCCGGAUGCUGCGUUUCUCUGUCUUCUACAGGAACCAGAAUAAAGAGUACUUCGACCACGCUGGGGAGGCGCAGGGGAACCGAAUGCUGCCGUCAGUGAAAGACAACAGCGGCAGCCACGGCUCACCCAUCAGUGGGAAGCUGGAGGGCAUUUUCUUCAGCUGCAACACAGAGUUCAACACCGGCAAGCCUCCGCAGGACUCCCCCUAUGGCCGCCAACGCUUUGAGGUCCGGGCUGACGUGCUCUUCAACCCUGACACCAACCUGUACUUUGGAGACUUCUACUGCAUGUACACAGCCUACCACUAUGUCAUCCUGGUCCUAGCGCCGAAAGGCUCCAGGGGUGACGACUUCUGCAAGCAGAGGCUUCCUGCGCUCGACAUCUCCAAUAAUCGUUUCCUAACCUGCAAGCAGGAUGAAGAGGGUGACGGCAGUCUGGUGUUUCACCACGCUCAGGAUGUCAUCCUGGAGGUGAUCUACACAGAGCCGGUAGACCUGGCGUUGGGCACGGUGGCUGAAAUCAGCGGGCACCAGCUGAUGAGUCUGUCCACAGUAAAUGCCAAGAAGGACCCCAGCUGCAAGACCUGCAACAUCAGUGUGGGACGCUAAGAAAAGGCAGAAUUUAGGAGAGCGUGGAAAAGACUAGAGGUGACUGACCUCUACACACACAGGAAGUCCACAUGUACUGAUGAAGCAGACCAACUCAUGCAUGAAGCAGCAGAUUUAGUAGGCUCCCAGACAUAAACACCAACAUAUCUCUGACACCAUUCUGUACUCUCCAGAGACCAUCACCAUUCCCAAAGAAGAGUGGAGGAAAAAAAUAGGAACACCUACACUGUUGUCUCACCUGAAAAGGGUUACCCUAAAUGUUGAAUACAUACAUAAAACUGAGCGAUCUUAACUGGGAACCAACACAGAUCCAUCCAUCCAUCCAUCCUGCAAGUGAAAACUAGCAUACUGACCAAACCCUUUAACUGUACUAACAAACACGGGCUGCUUCUAUUCAGUUUCCUGUUGUUUAUUUUAAUACACUGUCCCAUAUUUUAUUAAUGACCUUUGCCUUGUUAUUAUUGAUAUGCUGUUAGUUGAGUGUCCACAGUCUGUGUGGACAAGCAUUAUGUUCUUUCCAGUUACUUUAACUGUUUGGCGUUUUUUGAAAUGUUUUGUUCUCAUUCCACAGUAGUCAAAUUGAGACUUUACCUCUGACUAGUGGCACUGACUGGUAUUACAAUUCUCUAUGGCUGCAGCAUCAAGAGUCAUCUUUCUUUAUACCAAAGGUAUUAAAAACCAGACAUGAAACCGCUGUGGAAUCUUAACAGUACUAAUGCAGCAGCCUCUAAAAUUCACCAAGUCUUUAAUGACCAAGUGUGAACUACUUGUCAUCUUGUUAACCUUUAAAAAAAAGCAUGAUGCAGUUCUGUGCAGCAUGAGUAUGAAAGCUGUCAGUACCUCUUACCAUAGCAACCUUUUUCUGAAACUUUCUCUUAUUUUAUUGUAGUCAGUGGAAAGAAAGAAAGUAGAACCAUAAACUGUGUUUAGCAGAAUAAAUGUGAAAAAAUAUUUAUUUUUAUUGAUACAUUCAUAUAUAUAUCUAUAUAUAGCUAUAUAUAUAGAAAAUUCUAUAAACCAGAAGUGCACAAUGUCAAAAACUCUGAUCAUUGUCAACAACUGCAUUUAGGGUAUGAAUUAACUUCAUACAGGCAAAAUGAGGGGGAAGAACACAAAUUUGAGCAGAUAUAACUUGCACUACAAUGCCGACGUUCACCAACUUUCACAUUUUUUUCUACGGUGAGCAUGAUAAUUGAACGAUUUGGAUCGACGAUGAAAUUAUUAAUGCAUAUCAUAGCACAAUGUAGGACUAUGAACCUGACAUGCACAAACACUACAGGAUUGUCUCAUUACAUUUAAGCUUACACCUUUGUUUCCAAGAUUGCACUUGUUCAAAAUGCAGUUUCCACAUUAACUAUGGAUGAAAAUAGUAUUUUGGCACAGAAAAAAAAGCAAGUAACAAAGUGCCAUAAUAUAACUACUCAUAUUCUUAUGUAACUAACAUCAAGUUGUUACGGCUCUUUGUCCUUGAUAUAAAUUAGUGCUACAUAAAAUACACUUGCUACAUCAGGUUUAUAAUAAGAUGCAUCAUGAAUGACAAAGGAUGUGUUUUUGGGACUAAUAAAAGCUCUGCAGUUGCCCCACGUUUAAUUCAAAUUGUCACCAAUUACAUCAGUUUUCUUCACGUAAAGUGCAUCAACAUUAUGAGCAUGGCAUGAAACUCUAGACAUACCGGCUUCACGACCUGAUUUUCCAGAAAUGUGUGAGUCCUGCAAAGU